CACAUAACCUAAAAAAAAUUGGUAAUGGAAUAAGAAAUAAUUUCAAACAAUUGUUAGUGUUUUUAAAGCUCGAAAUGCCUUUUAUGAUAGGAAGAGCUCCUAUCAGGAGAACCAUAAAAUACUUAGAAGCAGGAAAAUUAGUUUUAAAAGACAAAAUAAAAAUAGUUACAGUGAAUUAUAACAUACAUGGAAAACCACAUCAAGGUACCAGAGAUUUUGUUUUUUGGUACCUUCCACAAAUACAAUACAAAAAUCCAGAAGUGCAAAUAGCCACUUUGAAGAAUAUGACACCUACACCCUUCAUCAGAUGUUUCUAUGAUACAGGUGAACACAUGCUGGUAGAUACAUACAAUCAAGCAAAGGAAGACAUUCUGGAGCACUUAAUAAAUGUUGUAGGAAAAUCCAAGGAUGUUUUGGAGGCAGAAAUUAUGGCUAAGGAGAAAAAAGACAACCCUGCUAACUUUGGGGAAGGUUAUGACAAACAGUGCAUUUGCGAAAUCCCUGGACAAGUACCUUGCUCUGGUACAUGUCCAUUACCCAAUGAGUGGCGUGGAAAGUAUAAAUAUAAUAAAGUUGUUGAUUAGUUUGUAGGUAUUAAAAAUAGGCAGUAAAAUAACAUGAUACUUUUUAUUGUAAAUAAAUAAUUUAUAUAGUUUU